CCUGUUAUAUACCGUAGAGGGACGAGUGGGCCAUUCGCUCCUAUAAGGCUACAGGGGUUGUAUCGCGAGUAGUGCAGUGACGAUAAUGAAAGCAUCGAUAAAGAGUUAGACUUCGCGGCCAGCAUGAGGAAGACCAAGUGGAGAGGGAGGGACAAAGUGAAAGACGCCUCCAGGAGGCUGCAGGCGAUCUUGAGGAACUCCAGGAAACUCCAGGUCGCUCCAGAGGAUUUGUCAGUCCUGGCGGCGGUCUCCCGACUCAGGACCUCCUGUGAGAAAGGACAGGAACCAGUAACAUGGUUGGUCCUGGGUGUCCUGGUGGCGGGACUAUUGUUGGCCCUCCUCCUGCUCCUGACUGCCGGAGAAGGACUCUUACAAGGACUCGCCUGCACUAACAGUUCCACUAAGGAAAUCCAGGUGCAGACACUGCAGAUAGACCGGCAUCCUCUAGAGGAUUACGCCGAAGAGUCCACUCUCUUCAACGACAGCGAGGACACGGACUCGUGGCAGACUGCGCGUUUGCGACUGCGCAAGGAGUGAACAGCAGUGGACCCAGAACUGAACAUUGUGGAGUCCCGUUUUAUGUUUUAGUGGAACCUGAAAAUCUGAGAACCUUACAUAGUGGACCUUACCAUGAACACGACUGUAUGCAGCAAUUAAGUAAAACAUUAUAAUCGUGAAAAAUAUCUCACAAAUGUUUUUAUAAUAACUUUCAUAGAACCUAUUUAAUUUUAAUUAAGUAACUUGUACGAUUCGUAGGUAGUUUUGAUUUCAUAUGUUCAGUUAAUGAUGGAUACCAUACUUUUUUAUAAAUACUAUCUUAAAAUGGAAUUUUAUUGUUGAAUUUUGUUGGAUGAAUUGAUGAAAUUGCUAAAGAAUAAAAUUGCAUGUUGUAUUGAUGAUUGCUUUUGGAAAUGUUUCAUUGAUUAAUCAAAUUAAAUUUGGUAUUUAUUUUAAAUUUAACGCUCAAACCACAAUGGAAAUUUCAAAUUCAUAUGAAAAUGACUUCUGGAUACAUUUUUAUAUUUGCACUGUAAAUUAUAACAACAGAAGAAAAAAUAGAAAGCAUUAAAAGUGUAGCAACAAAGAAAAUUAUUUAUACAGAAAUCUUUAAUUUGCCUUAAAGCCAUAUUUGCGAGAACCUAACAAACUGAAAAUACUUACAAAUGAGCUUAAGAAUUAUGUACACAAAAAUGUAAGUAUCACCAGCCGCAUGCUUUAUACUUAACACAGUUACCUUUUCUUAUCAAGGAAUUAAUUUGGCUGCGUUAUAACGGUUCAGGAAUUCACAGAUGUUCCAACAACAAGUACCCACUCCAUAACUUACACAGGUUGUUAACGAACUCUGUGGGAAAACUUGGUGGAAUGUACUUUGGGUUAAUAUAACAAAAACAACUUUCUGUAAACAUAUCCUAUUCAACUCUGUUUAUAGAGGUAGUAUUUGUUCAUCCUUUUAUUUUCCAAAACUUGCAUUGCUGAUCAGCGUAAAAAUUAGUAUUUUUUUAACGUUUGUUAAGGACGAUGGAAAGUUUGAAAGGAUAGUAGGAUUUCGAACAUUACAACAUUGAAUGUUACAUGUAACAAAAUGUAUAACAUAUCGUUUCGAGGAUUGAAAUCUAUCCUCUUCGUCAGGUGAGAAAAAGGUAGUACAUAAUAAUUACAAGUAAUAAUACAUAAUAAUUAAUAAGCAUUACAUAAUUUACGCACACAGUACAUAAUUGUUUCUCACCUGACGAAGAGAAUAGAUUUCAAACCUCGAAACGUUAUGUUUACAUCUUGUAAUUUGGUACGGAAGUUUAAUUCGGUCAUAAGUUGGAACUGACCAUUAAAACGAACACAAAAUUUCAAAAAUUUUGGGUUCACUCAAAAGGAAAAUAUUUCAGGAAUCAAGAUUUAUCACUCUAAAAAUGGUAUAAGCUUCGUAAUCGCAUACAUUACAAUAACUGAUCGUACAUAAAUUAAUGUUAAUAAGUAAGCAUGAAUGUUAACCUGCUUAAACUUAUGUUAUAUAUUUAUUGUGCAGUAUAAAUAAACAUUAAUUCCAACUAACACACAAGAUCCAACACUUUAUGCGUUCAAGGAACGUUUCGUGUUUCUUGAAAAGUCCAAGAAGCAAUUAAAACCAGUUAACAGUUUUGAUAUGAGUAGAUCUUAUUUAGCCGAACAUAUACAAGUAAAAUAAGGUAGCUGUUCAUUUUAUUAUUGACUCGAAGAACAGUCCCGUCAAAGCUCGAAACUUUCUUGUAUAAAAGUUUUUAGACACUUCACUAAUAAUACAAAAUAAGAGCUUAUAUAAGCAGGAACAUAACAAAUGAAGAUUAGGGCCAAGAAUCUUACAGUCCCUAAAUACACCACUUGGGGGCCUGUAGUUAUUCAUGUAGUUACCUAAACAAAACUCAUACGUCACUUUGAUCUUAUUACAGUUAAAUUAAUUUAUUAUUGUAAGUGAAUCAAGACUUCCUCCACAUUGAAGAAUUUUGUGCGAUAUUUGUCCAACACUUUUAUAGAAUUAUUAUGAUUUUUUUGUUACAAUGUAUAAACUUAAGUGGAUUUAAUGUUACUUAAUUAAACGCAUUGUUUUUAUGAAACAAAUAAAGUAUAUUUCAUACAAA